AUGACCAGUGUUGCCGCAAUACAAAUCGGAAUAGACUUGAACAUCCUUAACUUCGACCAAGUCACGCCCACACCCUGCCCUUUUCUCGAUGAUCAAGACCACAAUACGAAAAUAGCCACUGCUAUCCAAGAAAUACGAGACGCUGCUCGCCGCAGUGACCGAAUCGAAGGCCUAGUUCACGCAUUUUACCUCGGUUCGGUGAUUGACAAGCUACGAAGAGGAGAAGACACUUAUACUGUACCCAGUGGUCCUCCCUCACAAAAAUCCGAAAAUUAUCAAGUGACGAUUAUCACUCCUUAUUGGAGUAAAACCGCUUGUGGAACUCGAAAUUAA